GGGGUUGCAGCCUUGCCUGGCAGUCCAUAGCCAGAUAUUCUCUAUGAAUAUCCGUAUGAAUAAAUAAAAAGUCACUCACGGAAGCCCACCGACAACAGCGUAACCUGAACCUGGCCUGGCCCCAUCCAACCACGCGGCUUUUGAUGCGACAGGGUGAAAGAAUUAUCGAAAGAUGGGACGAAGACAACGUCUCAUUCUCUCUGUGCUGGUCGGGGCGCACUGCGCCGCCGCCUUGUUUGAAGGCUUUGUCGAUGUCAAAGUCAUCGAAACGAUAGUAAGGGCGGCAGCAGCAGCACCGGCACCGGCACCGGCACCGGCAGAAACGGCCACGGCACUAUCAACGUCGAUAGCGACAGCGUCCCUCGGUGACGAUGAACUAGGCCGACAGGCCUGUAGCACGGCCUUUGGGGUUGUCGACAAGUGCAGCUCCGAGGGCUUUCUCGCGGCGACUGCCGACCAGGCCAGUGCUGCCAACUGCUUCUGCUGCUAUUCGAGCACUUUCCUUAGCAACCAGUACCGCCGGUGCGCUUCGUCUAUUUUCUACUCGGCGCCUGGCGAGUCUGAGGCAUAUACAACUGCUGCUGUUUUAUACUCCAUCUGCUCAGACGUAGGCAGAGGGAUUUGCUCUGCGCCGACACUCCCCACCGCUCCCCCCAUCGUCAUCACGCAGUCAUCGAGAGCACGAGGAACGCCUUCCGCGUGUUUGGCCAUCCUCGACAUCGUGUUCUCUUGCGGCAGCGCCAUCCCGAACCCUCAGACGGCCGACUCGGAACAGCUAGCCUCGUGUUUCUGCUACACACAUGGCACCUACACCACAGCGCUGGAGACCUUGGCCUCCUCGUGCGCCCCGUGGGCUUCAAGCCAAGGCGGCCCGGGUGACUACAGCUGUACGAGGCGCCACCCUUUCCCUUCAGCGAUUGCUGAACUAGCAGCUUCCUAUCGCUAACACACGUCUAGUCAUACUCGUCCUCGAGUCGUUCUGCGAGCGCUACCCGCCGCAGACGUCCAAUCUCUUGCCGACUUCGGGCUUCAGCAGCGGCACCCUUCCCACAGCCACCAGCACCGACGUCGGCGACUGGAACACCCUUAUCUCCGGAAGCAGCUCGGCCUCCUCGACGCCGCCGGCGAACUCCUCGUCAACGUCUUCUUCGUCAGCCUUCAGGGUCACGGCGUUCACCACCACUAUCACCUCGGGUCUCGCUCCGCCGGGCGCGGCGCCUGCGAGCCUGAUCGUGUGGCUCGCUAACGCGGCGGCGUUUGUCUUGUCUUUUUUCUUCCUCGUCUAGAAGGCAGGGGAACUUGAAACGGGCUGGAGAGUUGAUGAAUGGCUCUCUUUCUCUCUUUCUCUUUUUCGCUCACUACCUUGGAAGGAAUAUAGAUGGAACAACUUGGGGUGGGGAAUCCACCUAAGUUGACAUUCUGUUGCUCCCUGACUU